GCUUCUUUCUCAUUAUAUUUUCCCUCCUAAAAUAUGUUGCUGAGAAUAAGAGUCACGAUAGGUAGCCAAGAGAAACACAGUACAACUGUUUGGGGUCUUGGCUUAGCUUUUGUGUGACUGAGGAAAAUGCUUUCUUCUUGUAUUGCAGAACAAUUCAGUUAACUAAUGCCACACUCUUGGAAAAUUGCAAUGGGCUAUGAAAGUUCAAAAUCUAUAAGAUUUCAAGAUGAUUCUGAAUCAACAAAGCUUCAUGCAAAUAGUGUUAAAGACAAGGCUGAUGGAACGUGGAUACUGGACCCAGACACGAUGAAGUACGAAGAGGAGGUGCCUAGGAAGACUGCAAAAUCCUUGAAAGCUAAAGUACUAUCAAGAGUAUUUUCUGAGGACUAUGAGAAAGUGGGGAAGAACAUAUUAGAUCCUCGAGGACCUAUCAUUCGCCGAUGGAACAAGAUAUUCUUAGUAGCUUGUUUAGUUUCAUUGUCUCUUGAUCCUUUGUUCUUUUACUUGCCGGUUGCUCAGGAUGAAGUGUGCAUUGCUAUAGCAGUAUCCCUUGAAUUAGUUCUUACAUUCAUUAGAUCACUGGCUGAUGUUUUUUACAUGAUUCAAAUUUACAUUAGAUUUCAUACAGCUUUUGUUGCACCUUCUUCUCGUGUUUUUGGGAGAGGAGAACUUGUCAUAGACUCUUCCAAGAUUGCAGAAAGGUACCUAUGCAAGGGUUUUUUUAUUGACCUAAUAGCUGCCCUGCCCCUUCCUCAAGUGUUAAUUUGGAUUAUUAUCCCCAAUCUUAGGGGUUCAACAACGAGAAACACCAAAAAUGUCCUUAGGUUCUUUAUAAUAUUUCAGUACCUCCCUAGACUAUUCCUUAUAUUUCCACUCACAUCACAAAUUGUCAAGGCCAAUGGUCUUAUGACAGAAACACCAUGGGCAGGUGCUGCAUACAACCUAAUGCUUUACAUGCUGGCAAGCCAUGUAUUAGGAGCUUGCUGGUACCUUCUAUCAAUUGAGCGACAAGAAGCAUGCUGGAGAAGUGUCUGCAAUGUUGAGAAGCCAUAUUGUCAAUAUGGAUUUUUCGACUGCCACAGGGUUGCAGAUCCUCAUAGGAACUCCUGGUUCAAGUCAAGCAAUGUAUCAAAUUUAUGCAAUCCAAAUUAUGGUUUCUAUCAGUUCGGUAUAUAUGGUGAUGCAUUGUUAUUUGGUGUUACAAACUCACCUUUUGUCAACAAAUACUUCUAUUGUCUUUGGUGGGGCUUAAAGAAUUUGAGUUCCUUGGGACAAAAUCUUUCCACAAGCACUUAUGUUGGAGAAAUAGCUUUUGCCAUAAUUGUUGCGACUCUUGGGCUGGUUCUUUUUGGAUUGCUCAUCGGUAAUAUGCAGACAUACCUACAAUCCAUAACUGUCCGAUUCGAAGAGUGGAGGAUCAAGAAAACAGAUACUGAACAAUGGAUGCAUCACAGGCAGCUGCCUUCAGAAUUAAGAAAGUCUGUAAGAAAUUACAAUCAGUAUAAGUGGGUAGCUACUCGAGGAGUUGAUGAAGAAACUCUUCUCAAAGGAUUACCUAUGGACCUCCGUAGAGACAUCAAGCGUCACCUUUGCCUUGACUUAGUUCGACGAGUUCCAUUGUUUGAUCAAAUGGAAGAAAGGAUGCUAGAUGCAAUGUGUGAGAGGCUUAAGCCUGCUUUGUGCACAGAAGGCACGUUUCUAGUGCGUGAAGGUGACCCUGUCAAUGAAAUGGUGUUCAUACUCCGCGGCCAUCUUGAUUCUUACACCACUGGUGGUGGUCGAACCGGAUUCUUCAACUCAUGCCACAUUGGCCCUGGUGAUUUCUAUGGUGAGGAGCUUGUAUCUUGGGCCUUGGACGCUCGUUCAAAUUCUAUUCUACCAACAUCCACGCGUACAAUCAAAGCCAUCACAGAAGUAGAGGCAUUUGCUAUUGUAGCCGAAGACUUAAUGUUUGUAGCAUCACAGUACAGAAGGCUGCGUAGUAAACAACUUAGACACAAGUUCAGGUUCUACUCGCAGCAGUGGCGAUCGUGGGCUGCAUGUUUCAUACAAAUUGCGUGGCGCCAGCAUAUGAAACGGAAGGAAGCAGCUGAGCUCAUAGCCAGAGAGAACAAUGCAACUAAUGAGCCUGAACCCCCAAAGCCUAGCUUUGGUGUUUUUGCACCAAGGUUGACAGUGAGCACCAGAUGGGGUGCCAAUAAGAAUUCUAUGUCAGCUUCUGGUUUAGUUAGCUCAUUACGGAAGCCCACGGAGCCAGAUUUUUCUACAGAUGAGUAAUGAAUGGAGAAUUCUCAAAAAUUGUGUCAUGGUUGUGAGAGAGCUGUGUGUACCUUAUUUUAGGCUACAAAGGGGGCUAGAAGUGAAUUUUUUUUUUUUUUUUUUUUUUCACUCUUUAUUGUUGCACAUAGCUUUUUGAAAUCGUGUUUUGGAAACAUGAUUUUAGUUAUAAUUGUGAAAUUUUUGAUUUCACCAUUUUAACUAAAAUUG